AUCCAAAACUGUGGAAUGCGCAUUCAACACCAACACUCCUACCCCUCCCUCCCUCCCGUACCUUUUUUCCCUAAGAAAUCAGUACCGCCCACGACAAUAACACCAACAACGACACCCCAAUGACCAAACCUUGAAACCUACCACUUCUAAAAACCAACCUUUCCUACAACGCCACCAACGCAACCUAAAAUAGCAGCACCACCACAAUGCCCAAACCACCUAAAAGAACCCCCCGCGACCGCGUCCAGCACGCCCUACCGCCCUACACAGGGCCCUACCAAGUAGGCUUCCUCGAGCUGGAGCUCCCGGCACGGCGCCCGCGCGCCUUCUCGCCGCACAUCAAGCGCAACGGCGAGUUCGCGCUCAAGCUCGACACGGUGCUGUUCGCCGUCUACUACCCCGCGGACCUCGAGAGGAGGAAAGGAUCGGUUAGUGGGGACAAGGCGGCCACGGCGGCUCCGGGGCCCGGGGAGCGGGCGGGCAACGGCGGUGAUGGGAAACCAGUUGGGAACGACCGGGUCUCAGCCCAGGAAGAGAACGGGAAGGGGGAGGAGAAGGGGCAGACAGGAGCAGACGGUCAAGGGGAGCCUAGGCCACACCUCCGCCGCGCCCCUUGGCUCCCCCGCCCGCGCGGCGCGACAUGUAAAGGCUACGCCAAAUUCUUCAACAUCCCCCACUGGCCCGUCACCACCUACAUGGCCGCGACGAGCAUGUUCACUAAGCUACCCGCAUACCGGAACGCCCGGCUAUCUGGGGAAUGGCCCAGGACGACCCCCGAGGAAGCGCAGCAGGACCAUGCGACGACCGGUGCUGGGGGGUACGAGAGCGGCGAGACACUUGUAGAAGGAGAGGGGGAUAAGGAGGGGGGGCAUGGCAAGCCGCAGUUCCCCGUUGUCAUCUUCAGCCACGGCCUGGGCGGGUCGCGGACGCUGUAUAGCUCCAUCUGUGGCGAGCUCGCCAGCUUUGGGCUGGUGGUGGUCGCGGUUGAGCACCGGGACGGGAGCGGGGCUCGGACCUUUGUCAACAAGACGGGCAAGAGAGAAAAUCUGGACAGUCAAGAUGUGGAUAAGUCGGGCGGGCCGCCGAAGAACGAAAAGAAGUCCCGCCGGCAUCGCAAGAAGAGGAACACAGAAAUAAGGCCGUACUACAAGAUCGAUUACCUCGUUCCCAAGGACAACGCGCAGGACACCUCCCCACAUAACCCCGAUGGGGUCGACAAGGAGUUGCGCGGGGCACAGAUCGAGAUGAGGCUAGCCGAGAUCGAGGAGGCGUUCUACGUUUUGGGUUUGGUAAACAACGGGAGCGGUGACAAAGUGCGCCGCGACAACCUUCGGGAAGUGGGCCACAUCGGCUCCAGCUCGAUCGGCCUUCGCGGCAUCGACUGGCGAGACUGGGAAGGCCGGCUGGACCUGGAAAGCGUCACCAUGAUGGGCCAUUCCUUCGGUGGCGCGACGACAGUUCAGGCGCUGAGGUCCGACAAGCUUGCCUGGAUUACCCAGGGAAUCCUGCUCGAUCCAUGGGGACCCGCAACGCCGGAAUGCACCGAGCAGAAGUCGGUUCACAAGCCGGUCAUUUCCAUCGGCAGUGAGGCUUUUAUGCAUUGGGCCGAGAACUUCGAUUGCAUCGAGCAGGUUUGCAACGAAGCCCGGGCGGCAGACACGCUCUCCUGGAUGACGACUAUCCGAGGAUCGACACACCUGUCCCAAACCGACUUUGCGGUUCUUUAUCCAAAUUGGAUGUCGUUGCUUAUGAAAACCAUCGUAGACCCCAAGCGCGCCAUUUACCUCACAGUGCACUCGGCACUUGAGUUCCUCAGGCUCACGCUGCCCGUGACGCAAAGCAGGUUUGCCGAGGCAUGGCCCGACGAGCAGCUUCUCAGCAGCGCCGACUCCGAAACCGAGGCCGUGUCUGAUCACCGGCCUGACGACAAAUGGGUCGCAGCUCGGUUAAAGAUCCCCCACGAAUUCUCGACGCGCCUCCGAGGCAUGUUCCAGCGAGACGCAUCGCUCGCCUCGCCGAGGGGCUUGAUGAACCAGGGUCCAGGGAACGAGAUCUGGUGCCAUCAAUCGCCUGGCCAGGAUGUUGUGGAGCAAUAUUUGCGGCGGAAUGGUCGGUUGCCCGUCUCGAGCAGUCUGGAGGGUGUCAUUGCCUGACGGGUUCCUGGCUCGCCUGGUUAGCCUGGUUAGCCUGGCGAUCCCCGGCUGCCGAAAUCCGAUACAAAUGUCCGCGACGGCGUGUGUGAGCGGCAAGCGCGCCGCAAGGCCCGAACUAUUGGGCGACAUCGGACUUAAGAUGGUUCGGCGUGCCGUGCUGAAAUCGUUCGUUCAGGUUUGGCAAGCGACUCCUGUACCGAAUUAGCAAAACCUGGUAAUGAUCUGCAAUG